AUGUCGGAAAUAAUUGCCGACAAUAGGAAUGGGAGUCCGGGAGAGACCAUACAUUCGGUGUGUAUUUCGUGGACUAAUAUCCAAGUGAUGACUAAAACACAGAAAUCUAUUUAUAAUUGUUUUCAAACCAACAAAACUCCGAAAGAGAUCCUAAGGAACGUAUCAGGUGAAGUUAAAGCUGGAAAUAUGUUGGCCAUAAUGGGAGCCAGGGUUAUCUAUACUUAUGAGUAUCUUCAGAGUUUUAACAACAGAUGA